AUGAUUAUUUCUGAUUUCGAACAUUUAAGGUGGAAAGAAGCUCCCCCCGAUUUUGCAAUUUUCGAUGACGCUCAUAUCAUUGCGUUAAUUGACAAGUCUAUUGGAAACGCCCUGAAAGUGAUGAGAAAUCAUCCUGAACGCUUUGAAAAUGAAAUAAAUAAUGACGUGAAUAAUUUUAUCAAAAGCAGCAGAAGAGCAAAGCCGGUAUUAUUAGAUGCAAUGAUCGCAUAUGCCUGUAUUCCUGACUGCUGGGGUGGAAUUUACUACGAUAAGACGGUCACAGCAAGGCUAGCAGAAAGCAAAUCACAAACGGUUGAUACACAAAAAACGGAAGCUGCUACGAAAAAGGAGGAGGAAGGCAAGAAGGGAACUGAAGCAAAAGAGCAAAAAGAUCAGAAAGGGGAAGGGGAAAAGAACGAGGGCACAACAGAUAAGAUUUGGGGUGAAUGGACUGUGGACCACGGUACACAUCGAGAGGAACAUUAUGGACCGAAUAAUUGGUUACUGCCGUCCGUCGCGCCAUGUUCCGCCCCUACACAGUAG